CCACUUUUCUUCUGCAGAAAUCCACCAAUGAGAAUGCACCUGCAUAGACGAACAGGUGAGGAAGCACCUCCUGACAAUCACUCUGCAGGGCUGAGCGGACACAGACGUUGGACUGUGGAGACGACAGAGAAGAUGCUGCUGGCCGUGCUGUUCGCUCUUCUCGCUGCUUCUGCUGCAGCUAAUGAGGGGCCCAUGUACUCGUACUCCCCCUCCGUGGGAUCUGGAAGCGGCUCCUCCUACGCCCUCACCGGGAUGGGAAGAAUCACCGCCAUCAGGAUCUGGGAAUCCUACAAUAACUAUGUGACGGGCAUCCAGUUCCGAUACGGGUACGUCUGGUCCGAGAUCGCUGGGUAUUUGUCCGGCCCCCCCAUGGAGAUACAGCUGCACGACGGUGAAGCCAUCGUCCAGAUCUCUGGAAAGUACUCCAGCUACCUGCAGCACGUGGUGUUCACCACUAACCGCGGCCGCUUCGUGCACGCCGGCCAGCCUUCGGGAAACUCCUUCAACAUGUACCCCCAACACAGCCGGGCGGAGCUGGUGUUCAUCAGCGGGCGGCACGCCGGGCCCAUCACCUCGCUGGGAGCCCACUGGGCCGUGGUCGACCCCAACGCGGACUGAAGAUCCGUCUGAACAUCUGAAUCUGAUGACUUUUUCAAUCGCCAGCGAGACGUUUCAUCGCAUGGAAUUUACAGCAAAAGAAAUUCUUGUAAAAUAGUAAAUGUAAAAUAGUAAAAUGUUGGUUUUUCUCCAUAAAUCAUCUCAAACCUGAUUAAAAAUGUAACAACAUCAACAAUAAAUGACCCAAACAGGAACACA